AUGGUUGGAGAGGUGGAUGUCUGGCUCGUCAUCAAAUCUUGGACAACCACAGAUACCAGUGUUGUAGAGGCAAGGAAGAGGUUGAAAGGUAAUGGUUUGAAGAAGGAGCCUGGCCAUAGUCUGAUUGGAGCGAAUGGAAAAGAUGCGGAGUUUCAUGCUAUCCAGUCUCUUAAUGAAGCUGCUCCUGUUUUAGCUGCUAGUAUAGUAGCAAAACAGCUUGUCACAAAGCUGAACUUGAUCGAGAAUGAACUGAGGGAUGAAGGUGCUAUCCAUAUUAGCAAAGCAUUGGAAGAUGGCCAUGCUACAUUGAAAGAACUCGACUUGAGUUCCAAUUUCGUGAGAAAGGCUGGAACCGGUCGUCCUCCUGUUCCAGAUUUCAAGAAGAAGGCAAUGGAGAUAUCCUCUGUAUUGAAAGGGGCAUCCAUAUUUCUUGUGGGGACGAACAACACCAUUAAAACCAAUAUGGGGAAACUUCCAGCAUAUGCACUAGGAUAUUAUCACUUUGGCAAUGAUAGUUUGGUUGAGGAAGCUCGUGGUGGUGAGUCUGCUGCCAAGUCUUUAAAAGAGCAAGAUGAGGAGGAAUUUCGUGACUCUGAGACUGAAGUAUUGAAACAGUUAUCAUCCAUGGUUCAGCUGGUGGUUUGUGCUGGAAAUGGUUCAGUUCAUAGCUCAAUUAAUCUGGCACUUCUGAGACAUUGGAUUUCAAUAUGGAUUGAUGUACCGAUAGGAAUGGUUGCCAAGAACGUGAUAGAAGAAGGGGUUCAAAUUCCUGAAUCAGAAUUAUCUAUUGCAGAAUCUUAUUCUGAGACGGGCGGUAACCAGGUGUUAGCUCAGCUAGUUAUGAUGUAUGAAGAAAGGAAAGGUGGAUAUGCAACAACAGAUGCAUCAAUCUCACUCCAAAAAGUAGCUUCCCAAUUAAGUUACGAUGACUUGGAUGCAGUAACCCCUGAAGACAUGACUAUGGAGGUUCUUAAGGAGAUACAAAGACUGGCCAGACUAAAGAAGAUGAAAAGAGACCUUUGUUUUCUGCAAGCAUUACGUCCACCCCGGCACCCAUUUCUAGCAUGUGCAUUUGUCACUGGGGGUCUAGGUACACACUCAUUCUCACUUCGGUUAUCCUCUAUUGCAUAUUCUGAUACUCAUAUGUGCAUGGUUGAUUCGAGUAUUCACUGA